AUGCCUGAAGACAAGAACAAAGAGACCAUAUCUUUUUCGAACAAGAGUUCCUCAUACAACAAGGGCAGCCCUAACAAGCCGAAGAGCGGCCCUUCUGACAAGCGCAAUGAGGGCGGCUCAUUUUCUGACAAGGCAUCUCCUGACGAGUACAAGGGCUUUGACAAGUACAAGAGCUCCGACAAAUACAAGGACAAGGAGCGAGAUCACAAUGUUCAUGAGGGCUCCCCUGACGAGCGCCGGGACGCCAAUCCAGACGAAGCGUUUGCUGACCGAAGCGUUUGCUGA